AUGCAGACACUGGGACUAAUCACAGCAUUACUAUCGACAUGUGUGCUGUGUGCUGCGGAGACAGUGCAGCCUCUGGAGGGGAGGGCUGGAGAGGACAUGACACUGCUGAGCCCCGGGCCCUCUGAGUGUGAGCCUCAUCAUGUCCUGUGGUAUGAGGACAAUGGUGCGGGCAGGACUCCACUGGUUGUGUUUGAUAAAGGAAUGAAGGGACCAAGACUGCCAGACAGAAUGAGUCUGGCUCAAACUGGAUCUCUGCACAUGCCGGACCUGAAACUUGAAGACUCUGGGAUCUACACUGGACAAGUCAUCUGUAAAGACAACUCUGUGCACAACAUCCAGUACAAUGUAACUGUUUUAGAAGCAGAGUUUGUGAUGACGACAGAUCCUCCACUGCCCAAUGCAGCACAGAGACACCACUGGAGCGCAGGAGCCUGUGUUCUCAUGUUUGUCUUGGUUCUCAUUUGUCUAAUAUUUAAAGUCCAGAAGACCCCUGCUGAGACUGAUGGGUGA